AUGCUGGCACGGCGAAAGUAUGCAACAAAUCCUUGCCAGGACAAGUGGGGUGAUGAGAAGGUGUGGACCCAGCUGUUGGACAGGGUCAUGUGCUACGCAGUGGUCAGUGUGACCUCGGUGGACGCGAAGCUCGGUGGCUUCCAGGUUCGCAUGGUUUGCCGCUGGGCCUUCAGAACCAGUAAUGCCUACAAAGAGACCGAGAUCAGCUAUCGAGGCGUGCCUGGCCUUCGGAUACCUGGGCUACAGGUCACCGCGCAAGAAAGCCGGAUUUGGAAAGAUUUAAGCCAAACCACAGAUGACACCAUCACUUGGAAUGGAACGUCCAUUUUCUUGUUGGAUGGCUACAAACCAUACCACUUGCAGGACUUCCCCUUCGACCGUCACAUCAUCAGCCUGAAGCAUGUGGACUUUGUGUGGCGCAUUGAGAAGGAUGAUGAUGACUUUUUCGACUCCAUGCAAAUUGUUUGGCUGACUGUAGAGUCCAAAUCCAUCUUGCCUGAAUGGAAUGCUGGCGAGUCUGAUAUCAUGGCCAUCCAAUCGGUGAUUGAGACGCUGGACGACCAGACCACCGAAGUUUGUAGCAAGUUUGUGAUUGAUUUGCGGAUAGAGAGGGCCCACAAAUUCUAUGUGCGGCAGAUCUUCUUCAUAACUUGCUUGAUCACUGUGGCGUCAUGCACACCUCUUGCCAUGCCUUUGGAGGAUAUGGGAGAUAGGCUCAGUGUCUACGGUGGUGGCCUUCUCACUCUGGUGGCUUUCAAGUAUGGGGUCAUGGAUCAUCUCCCAAGCGUGCCGUACCCCACGUUUACCGAUUCCUUCCUGAUGUGGCAGAUUAUCACCAUCGUUCUAAGCACCUUCGAGUCACUCUUUCUUUGGCGCUUGAGCAAGCAGUAUCCGGUGACUGUGGACUGGGUAGAGAAUGGCACAUUCUUUGGUGUUGCCGCCGGCUGGUCUUUGGUCUUCAUGAUUGUGGCUUGUUGCAAGCCACGGUAUAGAACGUCUUGGGAUUCGGUCAAAGAGCAAGAGGGCAAGGAUGAUCCCUCACAGCCCCUGGAGAUUUUGCCCGAUGGCUUUUCCCAUGGCGACAUCAUCGGAAACCGAAGCCACAGCUAUGACGAUCAUGUCGGAGACAGACUCCUUUCAGACAGCAAAUGA